AAUCACGCGAGCUCUAUAUUUUUGUUUUAUUUUCCACCUCUUGCUUCUCCUCCUCCUCCUUCUUCUUAUCAGCUUACCCAAUUCUUUGUGAAAGUUCGCUUUUUUCUUGCAAAUUUUAGCUCAAUAAGAUUGUUUUGAGCUGCUUCCUGCAAUCCCGACUCAGUUCCGUUCAUGUUUUGAGGUCAACUUGGUUGAAGCGAGGAUGAAGCAUGGUCGGCAAUCGAAUCGCUUGAAGGAUCGUAUAGGAGUAGGAUUCUUGUUGAUGAUUUCUUUGUUUUUCCAGCAUCUUGGUAUCUGCCGGUGCUUAAACGAAGAGGGCUUGGCUCUGUUGAGGGUGAGAGAUAAGGUAGUGAGUGACCCUUUUGGAGCUUUGAGAAAUUGGAACGAAAAUGACGGAGAAAUUGAUCCAUGCUCGUGGUUUGGCGUUGAGUGUUCUGAUGGAAAAGUUGUGGUUUUGAACUUGAAAGAUCUUUGUCUCGGAGGAACUCUGGCACCUGAGAUGGGAAACCUGGUUCACAUUAGAGCCAUUAUUCUGCGUAACAACACGUUCUCUGGAGUCAUUCCAGAAGAGUUUGGUGUGUUAAAGGAGCUGGAGGUGUUGGAUUUGGGAUACAAUAACUUCAGCGGGCCACUCCCAUACAAGCUUGGAAAUAAUUUUUCGUUAGCAAUCCUCCUCGUCGACAACAAUGAGCUUCUAACUGCAUCCUCUCCUGAAAUGCGAGAGUUCGCAUUGGCUUCUGAAUCUCAAGUGGAUGAGAACCAUCUGUCAAUUGCUGCAAACAAAUUAGCUUGCAAAAUGAGAUGCAAUGCAUGGAAAGAGGAACAAACUAGCAAUGCCAUUCACAGCAGAGUUCUUGCUGUCACUGCUGAGCGUCCUGCAACAAUUCCACGGGGCCCACCUUCACGGGGCCCACCUCAACAGAUAUCUGUCCGGUUACCACCGCCAACGCCACCAUCCCCAUCGCCAGCCCCAACCCUUGCCCCAGCCCCAGUCCCAGUCCCAGUCCCGACCUCAUCUGCACCUCCACCUCCCGAGUUAACAAAUACUCCACCACGACCACAUACAAAGUCAAGUCAUCAAGCAAUCAUGGGUGGAGCAGUUGGAGGCUCGGUUUUUAUUUUCAUUACCAUCCUCGGCAUCUAUCUAUGCAGAAGCAAUAAGGUGGCCACCGUCAAACCUUGGGCCACGGGCUUAAGUGGACAGCUGCAGAAGGCAUUUGUUACUGGUGUACCAAAGCUGAAGAGAGCAGAGGUUGAAGCAGCUUGUGAAGAUUUCAGCAAUGUGGUCGGUUCUUCCUCCAUUGGCACAAUUUAUAAAGGAACUUUGUCUAGCGGUGUGGAAAUUGCUGUGGCAUCUGUUGCAGUUAAAUCAGCGAAGGGUUGGUCAAAGAAUUUAGAGGCGCAGUUCAGAAAUAUGAUUGGCACUCUAUCAAAAGUAAAUCACAAGAAUUUCAUCAAUCUUCUUGGAUACUGCGAGGAAGAGGAACCAUUCACGAGGAUGAUGGUUUUUGAAUACUCUCCCAAUGGGACUCUCUUUGAGCAUUUACAUAUUAAAGAAUCUGAGCACCUAGACUGGCGAAUGCGGCUGAGAAUUGCGAUGGGCAUGGCGUAUUGCCUCGAGCACAUGCAUUCAAUGAACCCACCAAUGGUGCACAAGAACUUGAACUCUUCAGCUGUCACCCUCACUGAAGAUUACGCUGCCAAGAUCUGUGACUUCAAUUUCUGGAAUCAAAUGGCUGCAGCCGAGAUUGAACAAUCUGGAAUAGGCCUCUUAAACACCGCUUCCACCUCACGACGGCCCGAGAGCAAUGUUUACAGCUUUGGCGUAAUACUGUUUGAAAUGGUAACCGGUAGGCUUCCUUAUUCUGUGGAUGAUGGUUCCGUUGAAGAUUGGGCUUCGGAUUAUUUGAGAGGAGAACAACCUCUCAGGGAAAUGGUGGAUCCAAGUCUUGAUUCUUGUCAAGAGGAACAGGUGGAUAGAAUUGGACAAUUGAUAAAAUCAUGCGUCCACCCGGACCCGAGAGUUAGACCAGCAAUGAGAGAAGUGGCGGCAAUGUUGUUGGACAUAACCGGAAUCACCCGCGAUGGGGCAAUCCCGAAAAUUUCUCCUCUUUGGUGGGCAGAACUCGAGGUUCUAUCUACUGAUGCAAACUAAAACUGUAAGUACGAGCUCAAGCUUUCCUUGUUUGCUUUGCAUCUGAAGAAAGGUGACGAUGAAACACAUGCCUUGUAUAUAUGAGGUAGAAGAAUUAGGUUCGUCGUCUUAUUUUUUAGUUUGUCGUGCUCUUCAUAUGGCUCUGUUGAAGCACACAUACCAGAAGCACAAAGAUCUGAAGAAUUCUGAGUAGAGUUUUCCUUGUCUGA